AUGAUUCUUCGGACUGAAGUGUCACUCAUAGUUAAUGAACUGAUAGGUAUGAGUCUACCGGACUCGGUAGUGAAGGCUCUGGAUGAUGAAAUAGGCAGGAUGAUGGGAUCUCCGCCUGUGAACACGGAACAGAUUGCUCGGCUGGUGAAAAAGUAUAAAAGCAGUUCCGUACCAUCGCCUGAGAACCAAUCGCGGUGGCAAAAGCUCGAGAGCCUAUUACAGCUGGUAGCAGCAUCGCCAAACGAAGAAGAAGCCCUCACUUAUCUGCGGCUAGCAAGAACGAUGAUGACACCAUCAUCUCAAAAGCAUCAGCCGGUGUCAAUUUCCUACAAGAAUAGUGGAUCUUUACUGAACAGCCAUGCUUUGGAAGACCACGAUCAUAUGAUGACGCCCGUCCGGAACCCUAGCUACUCGCCUGGAUAUGCAGAGUCUUUCGAAAACAUUGAUCGGUAUUCUGACAGGCGGUCGAUGGUAUCUUCAAACUACGGUCGGGCUCACUUAGACCGGACUACAGCCCUUUCAAGCCUUUCAGACCCUUAUUUCAGCAAUAUAGCCAAAGAAGAAGACAUGCUGAAGUCCUUCUUCUAUACGCUACUGGCUACAACCUCCCAUAUGUUUACCUUGGAUAGUUCAGGCAUACAAAUUCCAGAGAAUGUCCUCAAUGGAGAAAGUGGGAUGCUCCACAUCCUUUCUGAAGCUGGUCUUCUUUAUAAUUUUCUCGAAAAGCAGGUCCAAACUCACAGACAUAAAUCCCAAGAGUUAUCACCUUUGAAAAUCGCACUCCUAACCUGCAUAGAUCAGAAGCUGCAUGACUACAUGGUAGGGGUGAACAAAAUGUCUAAUGAAUCCCAUAUUAACUCAUUAAAGUCCCUUUACGUUGAGAUGGAGGACUGGAUAAUCGAGCUCCGCAUCUACCAUAGCCUCAUGGUACGAAUUCCAGAGUCAAGAGGUGACGAUUUACUUUCGCAUGUUUACGACCUUCGAAAUCACGGAAACCCUUUAGUAAAACGUGUGGCCGAGUCACUAUACAGCUCGCUCGCACUCUUGUACUAUGACUAUCUAACCAAUUGGUUGAUUGCAGGUCAAGUGGAUUCACAUCAUGAAUUUUUCGUGGAACAGCUUGAAUUGUCAGAACAAACAUCUUUCAGGCUGAACAUAGAAAGGAUUCCAACUUUUAUGCCCGUGGCUACUGCCGAAGAGAUUUUUGUCAUUGGUAAAACCUAUCUAUUUCUGGUAAAAGAAUGCACAGAAAUCCAAUGGGUGAAUUCUUGCAAUCAAAAAUACACUCAGAUGUACCAAAAUUUGAAAACGGGUGAAAUAUCCACACAGUUCUGCGAAGCCGUGACCAGUCACUACGCUGAGGUCACAGCGUAUUGUAGGAAGGUUUUGGACAUGAAGUAUAGCUUUCCCGAUGUUCUGCGCAUGCUAAAAAAUGUGCUUCUCAUGGGAAAGGGAGAUUUUAUGGAGCGGAUGAUUGGUAAUUCUGCUGAAUUCCUUCAGGAGUCAUCGGCAACAUUGCCCAGCUUUAAGCUCACUCGAUGUUUACAAGAGUCUAUCAAGCAAUGUUCCCUGAGGUUUAUGCUCGGGACUCCCCAAACAAGAAAACUGGUUGAUGGCAUCGACGCGCGGGUUUUGGAACUUGGUCAUGGCUCCAUUGGGUGGGACGUUUUCACGCUAGAUUACCUGGCCCAAAAACCUCUCUUGACGAUUUUCGAGUUUAGCCGCACAGGUGGGCGAAAAGAAUACUUGCGAAUGUUCAACUUUUUAUGGAGGAUCAAAAAGAACAACUAUUUUCUUCAUGAACAGUGGUCAAGAAACAACACUUUGCUACGAGAUUUCAGACGGCUGGGUCAGGGGAAACCUUUCGUCAGGGAUGUUUUGCGCAAAAUUUCUAAGGUCAAUGUUUUAAAGUCCAACGUUCAGCAUUUGAAUCGUAAAAUAGAAAACUUUUGCCUUCAGUCAAUUGUCGAAAAGAACUAUUCGAAACUGAACACUAAAAUACACACUGAUAAUGCGUCAACGGACAGGGGCGCUUUGAGAACGACUCAUACGAAAAACGGGAUAAAAGUGGCAGAAGGAAUUUUAAGACCUAAAAACAUACUUUUGCAACGGGCUGGUCUUAACGUGGGCACAAAUUCUCACAAUUUCUCAUACAAUAUAGAUGAUUUGCGGCGAAUUCAUGAUGAAUAUCUGCAAAGCAUUGUCACUCAUAAGCUCCUUGAUUCUACGUCACCCGAAAGUAAAAGAGGACUUUUUACAAAGCAGUUUUACCCUUCCUCACUUAUUAUACUGCUAGGUGAGGUUUUCGAGUUUACAUCACAAUAUUCUGAGUUCAACGACAUCAUUCACGACCUAUUACUGCGUUUGAGCUUACACAGUAAUGAUGAAGUAUCAAAACUACUGAGCAGAUUGAACGAGCUUUUAAGCAAGAUUGUCGCCCAUUACAAGUGGAUUCAAAAAACAUCAUACUACUUCAUCAAAGACUUGAAAGCAGAUGGGAACACGGAGUUAUCAAACCUAAGUAAAAUUUUAAGAUAG